GGAUCUUAAGUAGCGACCUAUACGUUCGUUAAGUUAGUAGUUGCGGCUGUGUCAGGAUUGGCAACUGCAAGGAACGCGUACUAAGUUCCAACUUUAGUGCUGAUGCGUUGUUAUCCCGCUCAUCGCUAGCAUUCCUCCCACCUUUAUCAGGAUCCCGUGUCACCACAUUUUUGACUUCAUACACCUACCUUAAUUUUUUAAUACCACUCUACUGCAGCAUUAUGAUAAUCAAGUGCGCCAUCGCCGCCUUAUCGUUAUGCGCUUCUGCUGUUGCAGCUCCGACCGAGAAGCGUAGCGUCGACUUCAAAUGGGGGUCGGAGAAGAUACGAGGCGUCAACAUUGGCGGAUGGCUUGUGCUAGAGCCAUGGAUCACCCCGUCGAUCUUCGAUAGUGCAAACCAGAAUCGGCCACAACAAGACAUCGUUGAUGAAUACACGCUAGGCGAAAAACUAGGAAGAGAUGCUGCACAAAGUAUACUUCGCAAGCAUUGGGACUCGUUCGUCACCUGGCACGACUUCAAUAAGAUCAAACAAUCGGGAUUCAACGUUGUCCGCAUUCCUAUUGGCUACUGGGCUUACGACACCUUGGGCUCGCCUUACGUUUCAGGUGCGCGUGACUAUAUCGAUGCUGCGGUAGACUGGUCAAGAGGCCUUGGGUUGAAAAUUGUCAUCGACCUCCACGGCGCACCAGGCUCCCAGAAUGGCUAUGACAAUUCGGGACAGCGGAUAGACCGCCCGACAUGGCAAUCCGGUGACACGGUACAGCAGACACUUCAGGUCUUGAAGACUAUCUCGCAGAGGUACGCCAAGGCUGAGUACCAGGAUGUUAUCAUCGGCAUUCAACUGCUCAACGAGCCGGCGCUCUAUUACGACAACCUCAGCUUCGAUGUUACAAAGCAAUUCUACCGAGACGGCUUCGGUCAGGUCCGCGAAGUCUCAGAUACGACAGUCAUCCUACACGACGGUUUCAAGCCGCCAAAUAACUGGAACGGCUUCCUCACUCCAUCAGACAACAACGCCCAAAACGUCGCAAUCGACCAUCACGAAUACCAGGUCUUUAACAACGAUCUUCUCCGCAUGUCACCCCUCCAACAUCAACAAUAUGUCUGUAGCACCGCUGAAUCCUACAAUGGUGCCGAUAAAUGGACCUUUGUUGGCGAGUGGACAGGCGCGAUGACCGACUGCGCGAAGUACCUCAACGGCUACGGUCGGGGUGCCAGAUACGACGGUACCUUCCCCGGCAGCUCCAAGGUUGGCGAUUGUGGAUGGCAGAACGAUGUAAAUCAAUGGUCGCAGUCGUACAAGGACGACACACGCAAAUAUAUCGAGGCUCAGAUUGCCGCCUAUGAAACCAAAACACAGGGUUGGUUCUGGUGGAAUUUCAAGACGGAAGGCGCUAGUGAGUGGGAUGCGUUCAGGCUUAUUGAUGCGGGCGUAUUUCCUGCUAUCCAGAACGGGCAGGUGCAAUACAAGUUUGGAGCCAUUUGUUAAUGUCCGAAUGAGUUGGGUAAUUCAGGGUAUGAUAGAAAUGGGGUGUACACAAGGAGGGGAGAAGGACAUUGUUCAGGUGAUUAAUAAGUCAAACAGUAGCAAUACUACAAUACUACUACGCG